AUCUUCCAUUUUUCACGUUUGGCUUCAGACGGGGCCGCCGCGGUAAACACCGCCGCGGCCUUGACCGGCGGGCCGCGGGGGGCGGUUGGUGAACGGCGGCGUGGUGACGGGAGCCUUCGUUCCUGUCAUGGCCGAGGCGUGCUGGAGCAGGGAUUCUACAUCCAAACGGUCGUGUAUGACUUCACGGGGAGGGAGACAGAAGUGAUCUCUGAAGUGGCUGAGAUGCUGAACCAGUUAGCGUCAUUUCCAGGGCAGGGCCUGGUGGCGUGUUUCGAUUCGCCCAACGUGCCCCCAAUCACCCUCCGGGACUAUUUGAUGCGGCUUUGGCGCUACAUGCACUGUAGCAUCGAGUGCUACGUCUCAGCCUUGGCAUAUAUCGAUCGCUUGCAGCAGAAGGACCUUAAGGUGGGCAUUUUAAACGUUCACACAGUGUUCCUGGGAUGCCUCGUUGUGGCGGCCAAAUUCCAUGAUGACGCCUAUCGUAGUAACACUUACUAUGCGCGGGUGGGUGGCGUCACAGCGAAGUCCUUGUAUUUCGUUGAGACGGAAAUCAUCAAACUCUUGGAUUGGAAGGCCAAAGUCACUCUCGAGGAAUUCAGGUCCUGUUGCGAGUUGCUCUACAGCGAGAAGCGGUGGCUUCUCCUGCGCUCCGCCAAGGAGGGCUAUUUGGCCGUGCAACUGCGUCGCACCAGCAGCGACAGCAUCGCUGCCGCGUCCACGGUGGAUCCGCCGGACGAGUGCGACAGCGGCGUCGAGUCGGAGGAGAGCUGCCGCGAGCCGCUGGAAGAAUCAGGUGAAGUCUCUGCACCAGAGGCGCCGGCGGUAUGCGGCGAUAUUCGCGGUAUGCGUCUAGUGGGGCGAGAUGCUCCGCGUGCCGGACAUCCGCAAAACACCCGGCAAGGGCGCUUCAUCGCGUCGUGUCGUGGAACAAAUUCGACGGUUCGAAGCGGGCAGCUUCCGCGAGCGACCGAUCCUAGGGGAGACGUGGAGUCUUUGGUCCAGGUGACCAAUCUGAAGAUUCAGAGGACGUGUCCACUGCGAAACAUGGCAGUGAUCUUAGCCGCUGAUCAGCAGUUAUUGUUCAUCCGGGACUUGAAGCGGAACAUGACAGGGUCAUUACAGUUGCCGUUGCUUGAACGCAUGGACUUGCGGAACGAGCGCCACGCUGUGGGAAAUCAAAACGGCGUGUGCAUUUGUGCGAAG